GAAUCAUGUCCAGGCUUUUGGCUCAGCCAAUUACCGUCGCUGGUUUAGUCUGUGGGCAAAGGAAUGGCCAUCAACGUAAGCAGUCUAAAAAAUCACGAAGAUCAGUUAAAAUAAUGUGCCACACUUUAGGAGCAUCUGGUUUAAGAAUGUCAGGUUUCUCAUCAGGACUCCAAGCUGUUAUUCCUUUGGAGCACACAAAUACAAUUCUGAGACCUCGACAAGAUUUUCGUUCCAUGGUGUCAAUUGCAACUUCUUCUAGAGGAGGGAGGGCCAAACGAUUUGUACCUAAAGCCAUGUUUGAUCGUUACACAGAGAGAGCAAUCCGAGUAAUCACGCUUUCACAGGAGGAGGCGAGACGUCUUGGUCAUAAUUUUGUUGGAACAGAGCAAAUUCUACUGGGUCUCAUUAGCGAAGGCACGGGUAUUGCUGCUCAUGCUUUAAAGUCAAACGGAAUCAACCUUGAAGAUGCACGUAAAGAGGUUGAGAAAAUAAUUGGAAAGGGCAGUGGAUUUGCUGCUGUUGAAAUUCCAUUCACACGUCAAGCAAAGCAUGUGUUGGAACUCUCAAAUGAAGAAGCGAAAAACUUAGGACACGACUAUAUUGGAUCUGAGCAUUUGCUUUUGGGUAUCCUUGCUGAGGGCGAAGGUGUUGCAGCACGUGUUCUUCAAAACCUGGGUACUAAACCAACUACAAUUCGCUCAGAGGUUAUUUGCAUAAUUGCUGCGAGUUCUAUCGAGGCCCCUUAUAUUGUGGGCCCAAGUGGUAGUGGCAAUCUAAUGCCAAUUUUUCGUCCGCAAAAGAAAAUGCCCACUUUAGAGGGAUAUGGUACAAAUUUGACCAAGCUAGCUGAAGAGGGAAAAUUGAAUCCUGUUGUUGGAAGGCAGGAGCAAAUUGAACGUGUCACUCUAAUUUUAAGUCGUUGUACAAAAAAUAAUGCUUGUCUAAUUGGAGAACCUGGUGUUGGGAAGACAGCUAUUGCUGAGGGUCUUGCUCAGAGGAUUGUAAAUGGUGAAGUGCCUGCAACUCUAGAGGGGAAGAAGGUUAUCAGUCUUGAUAUGGGUCUACUUGUUGCUGGAACUAAAUAUCGUGGAGAGUUUGAGGAGAGAUUAGAGAAAUUAGUGGAGGAAAUCAAACAAAAUAAUGAUAUAAUACUUUUCAUCGAUGAAGUGCACACACUAAUUGGAGCUGGAUCAGCUGAAGGAACACUUGAUGCUGCAAAUAUGCUAAAACCAGCUCUUGCAAGAGGUGAACUGCAGUGUAUAGGAGCCACAACUCUGGAUGAAUACAGGAAACACAUUGAAAAAGAUGCAGCAUUGGAGAGGCGAUUCCAGCCUGUUAAAAUACCGGAGCCUACUGUGGAUGAGACGAUACAAAUUUUGACAGGAGUGAGAGAACGUUUUGAGAUUUACCACAAAGUCCGCUACACUAAUGAGGCUCUUGCAGCUGCUGCUCAGUUGUCACACCAGUACAUCAGUGAUCGAUUUCUACCAGACAAAGCUAUAGAUUUGGUUGAUGAGGCUGGAUGCUGGGUUGGACUUCGACAUGCACAGUUACCUGAGGAAGCUAAAGAGCUACAAAAGGAGGUCAGGCAGAUUGUGAAGGAGAAAGAAGAAGCUUCACACGACCAAGACUUUAAACAGGCGGCAGAGCUGCGAGAUAGAGAAAUGGAUCUUAAGACACAAAUCUCAGCACUUGUAGAGCAACGCAAGGAGAUGAACAAGGCUGAGAGUGAGGCAGGAGAUGGAGUUCAAGUUGUUACUGAGGAUGACAUCCGACACAUAGUCUCUUCUUGGACUGGUAUUCCUGUUAAGAAGAUCUCAGCGGAUGAAUCUGACCUUCUCCUUAAGAUGGAAGAGACCCUACGCAAGAGGGUCAUUGGUCAGGAUGAAGCAGUGGAAGCCAUUAGUCGAGCUAUACGCCGAGCCCGGGUUGGGUUGAAGAACCCGAAUCGUCCCAUUGCCAGCUUCAUAUUUUCCGGUCCAACUGGUGUAGGGAAGUCUGAGUUGGCAAAAGCAUUGGCUACAUAUUACUUUGGCUCUGAAGAAGACAUGGUUCGGCUUGACAUGAGUGAAUAUAUGGAAAUGCACACUGUCUCCAAGCUCAUUGGUUCCCCUCCUGGAUAUGUCGGUUACACUGAAGGUGGCCAGUUGACCGAGGCGGUUCGGCGUCGGCCCUAUACUGUAGUCCUCUUUGAUGAAAUCGAGAAAGCUCAUCCUGAUGUAUUCAACAUGAUGCUUCAAAUUCUUGAAGACGGAAGGCUAACAGACAGCAAGGGCAGAACUGUGGACUUCAAGAAUACACUUCUGAUAAUGACUUCAAACGUAGGAAGCAGUGUGAUUGAGAAAGGUGGCCGUCGAAUAGGAUUCGACCUUGACUAUGAUGAGAAGGACAGCAGCUAUAACCGUAUCAAGAGUUUGGUGACUGAGGAAUUGAAACAAUACUUUAGACCAGAGUUUUUGAAUAGGUUAGAUGAAAUGAUUGUUUUCAGGCAACUCACAAAGCUGGAAGUGAAGGAGAUUGCUGAUAUAAUGCUGAGGGAAGUCUUUGACAGAUUAAAAGCCAAGGAAAUUGAACUUCAAGUUACAGAAAAGUUUAGGGAUAGAGUGGUCGAGGAAGGUUAUGAUCCCAGGUAUGGUGCGAGGCCUUUAAGAAGAGCCAUAAUGGCACUUUUGGAGGACAGCAUGGCGGAGAAGAUGCUGGCCAGAGAGAUCAAAGAGGGUGAUUCUGUUAUAGUGGAUGUUGAUUCUGAUGGGAGUGUGAUGGUGCUGAAUGGAAGCAUUGGUGCUUUAGAGACCUUGCCGGAGGCUAUCCUAGCAUAAAAUGGCCAUCUUCUGCUUAUGUGGAGAUGAUGUUAGCG